CAAUAACAAAAAUAUGGAAUAUUGCCUUCGGCCUUAUCUUUUUAAGUCAUAGCCUUGUCUGCCAAUUAAAAUGAUCAACAAGAAGGUGUGUGUCACAGUCUUUCAAAUGUAUUGAUGUGUGUCUCUUUAGUGGGUUUCUUUGAUUUGUAAGGAUCUUUGUUUUUAAAGUAGAGCUUUGCUGGUGCAGUGGGAGGUCUGAUUGGUAUCCAGAGAGUUGGAAGGAUUGCAGAGAUUGUGUUUGAUUAUAGCUACAUUCAGCACCAGCAUGAGCUAGACUGCACUUCCAGUGGGUCCAAUUACAGCACAUAUCUAAUUGAUGUUUGAGCUAAAUAUUGGCUCAGCCUAUGAAAUGGCAGAAAAAGAGACUUGGCAAGGUCUCCACCUGAGCACCAACCUGCAUGGUCAAAAUAACAAUUAGCCCUGGCUCAGCGCAUGGCAUGGAGAGUUCGUCAGUGUACAUGUGCUUCCCCUGCUACCAGGAGUUCAACACCCUGGAGGAGGUACUCGAGCACCAGUUGACGUGCACUGCUGAGGAUGAACAGCCGGAAACACCCGGAACCACGCCUGUCACUGUUCCACUGCUACAGAGUCGGCAACAAGUAAUAAAUAUAGCAAGGACAGUUACAGUCCCGCAGAUUCAAAUCCAAGAAGGACUCUCUUCUGUGCAACCUGUUCUCAAGCAGGCAGACGUGGCAUCAGACCAGCCCAGAAUCCUCUACCAGUGUGGGGACUGUGAUGAACUUUUCAAGAGCCUGGACCUUUGGCAGCAACACCGUAAAGAAGAGACAUGUCAGCAGUCUGCCUGCGAGAGCCCGUCAAAACUUGAGUCACAAGCUGAGCCGGAGACCGCUUUAAAUCUAGACGAUUCUUUCUCCAAGGGUGAAUUUAUUGAAAACCUUAAACCUGAACCGGAGGAGAUAGCCGUAGCAGAGGAGGAAGAGGGGCAGCACGUUGCAGAGACCUCUUCAGCGCAAAGCUCCGAUCCUUCUGUUUCUGAGGCGUCCGCCUCGACUCAAGACGAUUUGUCUCCCAGGAGGAGAGGGACAAACAAAAAGCCUAAACCUGAACCCGUGCUGCUGUGUGUGGACUGUGGCUCAUGCUUUGGUCUGGUGUCUGAACUAGUGGCUCACCGCAAGACCCAACACGGCUUUGAGGAAGCUCUGCACCGCUGCUCUGUGUGUGGGGAAAGCUUUCUAAACACCACGCUUUUUCUUUACCACCGCAAGCAACACCGGCAGAAAGGGGAGGAAAAGAUGGUCGUGGUUCCUGAAGAGACAUCGGAGGAAGUUUGUACUCAGAGCAACAGGACUGAUGAGCAGGACCAGGAGGCCACGUCUACCAUUACAAGUGUCACCUACAGUUUCACACAGCCCGAGUUGUUCCUGUGCACCCAGUGUGGGGAGAGCUUCAGCGACGAGGGAGGGCUGUUGACCCAUCGGAAGCAGAAACACGGCCAAAUGGAGCCACUUCACAGCUGCCCCCAUUGUGGGGAGAGCUUCAUGAACACCACCCAGUACCUGUACCAUCGCCGGCAGCACCGCUUCAUAUCAGAGACAGAGGUGGCUGAUGAAGCUGAAACUGGUGAUGAAACAGUCGCCAGUGCACCUCAGGAUUCACCACAGAGCUCAAAGCGGCUGCUCUCCCCACUGGCCUCUGCUGGGGUAACGGGUUCACCCCUUGCUAAGAGAAGCAGGCCGUCUUUCAGGAUCCUGAGCGGCACUAGUCCGCUCAAAGGAAACAAGGGCACCAAGGACGAGUCAGAAGGCGGCGCUGCAGCAGACUCGGACAACACCAACCACCCUCCACCUGCCAAGCUGCUGCAGGACUGGGCCCGCACACCACUACCCCACGUUUGCCCCUACUGUGGCAAAACCUUCACCCGACGCGUUUUCCUCCGCACCCAUGUGUACAGCCACACCGGAGAGAAGCUUUUCACGUGCAAGGUUUGCACAAAGUCCUUCACAAACUCCCAGAGCCUGCUGCGCCACAGCAUGAGCCACACGGGCAACAAGCCGUACAGCUGCGAUGUGUGUGGCAAAAACUUCUCCCAGGCAGCCACCCUGAAGAGACACCAACGCAUUCACACAUCAACGCAGCCUCGGCGCAAGCGUGGACGCAAACCGGUGUGUACUUUGGACAAUGAGGGAUCUGCUCAUCUCUUCCCUUGUCCUCACUGCCCGUCACGGUUCAACACGGAGGAUCAGCUUAACCAUCACAAACUGCUCCACACCAGCCACCCAUUCCCUUGCGCCGAAUGUGGAGAGGCCUUCAAACGCAGGAGAGACCUGGACCUGCACUCGCUCACUCACCAAGACAAGCAGCCAGCGACGUGUCUUCACUGUUCAACGCAGUUUGUGAACCAGUCAGUGCUGGAAAUCCACAUGCAGCGAUGUCCUACCACAGAGGAGGACAAGAACACCGGUCGUGGACGGGGGCAGGGCCGGGGACGAUGCACUGGACAGGUUGAGUGUGACCUAUGCGGCCACCGCUGCAUGACCCAGGAGGGCCUCGACCUCCAUCGGUUAUCCCACACGGGCCAGACGCCUCUCAAAUGCCCGGUGAGGCCUUGCCGCCGCAGAUUUACCUCCAACAGUACCCUGGAGGAGCACGUGCUGGCCCAUUUCCAAGGAACAGUUGGCAAGUCCAAAAACCGACCCCGCUUCCGCUGUCAGAUUUGUCAGAAGGAUUUUGCCUACAAUUCCACCUUCAAUGUUCACAUGAGGACACAUACUGAUGAGAGGCCCUUCGAGUGCAAUACAUGUGGCAAGCGCUUCCGGCAGCUGCCUCAUCUGCAGGACCACGAGCGCAUCCACAGCGGCCUGCGACCUUUCUGCUGCUGGAUUUGCGGCAAGAGCUUCAGCGUGGCCGCCCGGCUCACCGAGCACGCCCGCACCCACAGUGGAGAGAAGCCCUACCCCUGUCCCCACUGCCCCGCUGCCUUCCGCUCCCGCUCCAACCUGGAUAAACACAUUCGGCUGCACGGAGACCUGCCUGUGGAGACCGCUGAGGAGGCGGCACAAGCAGCUGAGGCUGCCCACGUCCAGAAGGUGCUGGAGGGGGCCAAGGUGCUGUCCUCUCUGGCCACCACAGGGGAUAUGGAUUCUGGUACAGUGCAGACCAUCUAUGUACUGCAGGGGGGCGAAGGAGGCACCGAGACAGUCAUGAUCCCUUCUGAUCAGUUCAGUAGCAUAGACGGCACCUCACAGGUCGUCAUCCUGCCCUCCUCUGUUCUGGGAGGUCAGGGCAUUAAUGUUCCCACGAUCACCAUGGAUGGAAAUGAAAUCACCAUGGUGGAGACGAGCCAGUCGGAGCAGCAUGCCAUUGAGUUCAUCGUGGAGGAGACGGUAUAAAUGGCAGAUCAAAAACUAUUGUGGAUGGACAAGAAGUUUGAAAAAGGCUGAAAGAUUAGUUGACAGUAUAGACUGCUGGAGUUGAGUUUGAUGAUUGAAGCAUGUGGAGUUAUUGCCAUAUUUGUAUAUAGUUUGAUAGGUUUCUAAGCCGGUUAUAAUAACGAGUAGUAACCCAAUUUUACAACUUGAGAAGAAAAUGUAAUAACGUUGUUCAAACAGUGUAAAACUAAACAAUCAAAGGUUCAUACGCAGAUGAAACGCUCAGGAGAACAGAAUGUUCCUUAAUUUAGUCUUUCAAACUGAUUGAAGAGCAGAUUGUUAAAUUGGCCCCUCGAUUUGUAAACGGUGUAUUUCCAGCGGAGCUCCUAUUUAUUAGGGGAAGACGAGUGGUGUUGGCCCAUGAAAUGUCUUCUGCUUUCUUUAUAAUAAAACGCUUCAGCUUUCA